AUGUCGUCUACAUCAAAAAGUGAAGCUGCAAAGAGAUUUGCUCCUAUUUUGGAGAAGGAAACAGCAAGGACGAGGGACAUGCAAUGGCAUGAACAGAGGUUUGCUCCUACUCUGGAGAGGCAAACAGAGAAGACAAGGAACACGGAAUGGCUUCGUUACGGAACCAGACUCGAGCAAAUAACAACAUUGAUAACUGGAUUCGAGCUUAGUGAUGAAGAAGCCGAUGAGUUAAAAGCAAAGAUGUCGGAAGAAACCUCUCAACAACUGAACUAA